AGCGAUUGACAGACAGCGAUCUCGUCUCGCAAUCGGGUUCCAACUCCGAUGUGGCCACGCCAGACUCGGAGGGACUCGGUAGGGAUUGAGUCCCAGCAACUUCAUUCGACCGACGUCCAUCAACCACCCUUCACAGAGCCACUUAUUCAACGGCGAGCCGCCGCGGCUCAGCAAGAUCCGAUCAUUCUCGCCUUUGCCUGAAGUUUCUUGCAUUUUAUGUCUUUGUUGGACCUCAUGGGGUCUUCACCGGUCCAGUAUCCUGGAUCGUCAUCACCAUCAUCCUCGGAGCUUUAUUACUCCGCAUCAUCACCACUCUCCUACCGUACCUGGGUACAGACGGGCGGACUGUGGGCUUGUAUGCACGUGACUCCAUUUGUUUACUUUUUUUCAGGGGUAGGCAGACACGCCCAAGCACACUUACAUCCGAAGCAACGAUGCUUCCAUUCUCAGAGAGUGUGGUGCAAGGCUGGCACGGCGUUCCUGCUGGUAAGGUUCUUUUCUGUCUUUUGGAUACGGCCGGUCGGCUCUCGGGGUGUGCAGGUACCGGAUGGACUUUUUGGAUUGGGUUGGACUGGGCUGGUAUCAACGGGUGAAAUAUGGGCUGGUCUUCUUACGAUUUCUUUGAGAAUACCUAUUACUUGGUGCUCGGGCCUAGGAGCGGAGGGCUGUCCUUCUCUUGGAUAUGGUGUGCUUAUCUAGUUCGUCCUCUUGGAAUAGUGAGCAUCGAAUUCGUGCAUGGUUUACCUUGCGUAUCCGUAUGUGUUGUUAUCUUUGCCUUGAGUUUAUUCUUUGCCCGGUGCAUAAUGGUCGAGAUGAUUCGUUUA